GGAAACUGAAAUUAUGCAACAGCCAAACUUAAACGGUCCCAGAAAUGGUGAAGAUUUCGAUCCCUAUGUCUGUUCUCUCUCAGCCGAAUUAAAGAAAGUGGCCAAAGAAGAAUUACACGAAGAUGAGAAUAUACGCAAACAAGCUUUGGCUCAAUUCCGCGAAUGGAUUGCCAAACAUCCACACAUUAAGAAAUGUCGCACAGAUACUAUUUUCCUAUUGAGAUUACGCACCAAGAAAUUCUCUGUACCAGCUGCGUGUGAAAUGUUGGAACGUUAUUUGACCAUUAGACAACUUUUCCCACAAUGGUUUACGAAAUUGGAUAUUGAAGAUCCCGCUUUAAAUGAAAUUUUCGAAAAUGGUUAUUUGGUACCCUUGCCACAGCGAGAUGAACAUGGUCGUCAAGUUAUAUUUUCGGUAGCGGCUAAAUUUGAUCCCUAUAAGUUUACCUCGGUGCAAAUGGCUCGCAUACAUUCUUUAAUCUGUGAAGCUUUAUUGGAUGAUGAAGAAUCUCAGGUGGCUGGUUAUGUUUAUGUUAACGAUGAGAGUGGCAUGAAUAUGGGUUUUGUUAGUCUAUGGUCUUUGACAGAUUUGAGAAGUAUUGUUAAGUGUAUACAAAACUCCACCCCAAUGAGACAUAAGGAAACACACUUCAUCAAUAUUCCUCACUAUGCUAACAGAAUUAUUGAAUUGGCUGUUUCCAUGUUGAGUGAUAAAUUGAAGAAACGUAUUAUUGUCCAUAAAAAUGUAGAUGCCUUAAAGACUAAAAUCGAUCCUGCCAUUUUGCCUAAAGAAUAUGGUGGCACUGUACCCUUGGCCGAUAUGAUUAAAGAAUUCAAAUUGAAAUUGCAACAGAAACGUGCUGCCAUCUUGGCACUCGAUGACAUGCAAAUUGAAGUGACAAAAGAUGCCGCCAACUUUGCUGGCAAUGAUAUUGGUGACAUUGAUGCCGGCGUUGUGGGUAGUUUUAGAAAAUUAGAAGUAGAUUAAACUACAAAUGGCUUCCUCCCCCCCAACUCUCCGUAAAGAGAAUCUUCUCAAUAAUCUAUACUUUUAUUAAUGUUUAGUAAUUAGUUUAUCAAUUAUUUGGUAUUAUUAAGCGUUUGUUUUUAAAUGUCGUAUUACUAAGUAUCAUUGUGUAUUUAAAAAUUUGUCUACUGAUGUUGUUUAACAUCGUUAAAAUGUUUAUAAGAUAUUUGUAACGAAAUUAGGUAGGUUAAAUUCCCAACGGUAUUACAUACUUAAUAUUUAUUACUGCAUAUUAUCUAAAAAUCAAGAAAAAACAUACAUUUUAAUGAUACACAAAACAAAAAAAAAAAAACACAAUUUUAAAUAAUUUUCUG